CAUGAUACCUUGCAGCCCGCAGCCCCGCUCCGUAAACAGGCCCCGUUAUUGUCCAGCAUGGCAGCGGCGCUGUCUAGAGCUCUGAAACUGCCCGGUAAGAAGAGCUCAGAGCUGGGUGAGUAUGACCCCUUGACACAGGCCGACAGUGAAGAUGACAGUGAGGAGGAUGACCUUGUGCUUAAUUACCCCCGGAACGGGCUGGGUCGGGGCAGCUGCCUGGGGCCAGGGGCAACAGAUCCACGAGGCAGCAGGACAAGACUGGGGGAGGAAGAGGAGCUGGAGGAAGAAGAAGAGGAAGAAGAGAGGGGAGGAGGGCGGGGUAUGGGUACAGGGCUGAGGCAGGAUGGGGCAGGAGGAGGGGCAGGACCAGGGCAGGUGGGGGAUCCAGAGGGUAAUAAGGCAAGGGCGCAAGGUGCCAUCCGAACCGCAGCUUUUCUUUUGCCUCUUGCCUGUGCCACACUGACUGUGCUGCUGUGUGCAUUCCUGGUGCCCUGUAGGCAGGGAGCACUACAACACCACCCGCAGUGGGAGACCCAGUUAGGGGACGUGGGAGGUGUGACGUCACCUCCUCUGGCAUUAUGGGAUGUUGAUGGUGAUGGAAAGGAAGAUUUGCUCAUCGCAGUCACUAAAAUCUCCAACAGCAGCCAGCCAAUCAGUUCCCUAGGCACCAGUAAAGAGUACAGUGUAGUAGCUCUGCAUGGAGUGAGUGGAGAGAUGAUAUGGAGUCGAUCUGUGAAGGAGCCUGUGUUCUCCAUUCAGUGUGGCCUGCAAACUGCUGCCACUGAAGGUUUCGUGGCUCAGAGAGAGAAUCCUCCACCUGUCUGUCUCCUCGUCACUCCGUCAUGCCUCACCGCCAUCAAUGCAUCCUCAGGUAAGAAGCUGUGGAAAGUCCAGGCAGGGGAGGUGGAGUCUCGGGCUGUAGCUGUUCCUAAUCUGCAGGGAGACGUUGUUCCAGACCUGCUGAUCGCUGCUCUACCUGCAGACCAGAAUUCAGAUCUCUCUUUAGUCCUGCACUCAGGGUUGGAUGGCUCGUUGAUUGGACAGCCAGUGAACUUUACCCUCACAGCACAGGGAAAGCUCAUUGGUCCAUUGCUGCACGAGACAGCAGCAGGAGCGUACUACAUCCUAUUUGGUUUAGGCACUGUAGAGGCCAUCUCUCUGAGGGAUAUUUAUAGAAAGGCAACAGGCCGGAUACCGCUGCCCCCCAGCCUCAGCUUGAGGGACCCCCUCUGGGAGAAACAGAGCAAGACCAACCAGUCCAUUCUACACAUCUACAGUGGUUCUGAGCCAGCUGAGUAUUUGCUGCCUCUGGUGGCUGGAGUGUGUAAUAACCAUAACAACCUAGAUCCUCAGUCUAACCGUAACUCGAGCCGCAGUGACUGGGUGUUGCUGAACUCUAACAGCAGGAUCUCCAUUAUCAGAGAGAGGGACACUCACAAUGCCUGGACAGUCAACUCUUCCGCCAUACACAGCCGUCCUGCUGUUGGUCAUUUUAAUGAUGACGGAGUUCCUGACUUGCUCAUCCAACAAUCUGCCAAUGGAGUCCGAAAGGUUCAGAUUAUUGACGGAGCCCGAGGUGUGUGUGUGUGGGAAGCAGAGUUUGUGUGUCCUCGUCUCGUUCUGGAAGGUUCCUCCAUUUUGACCACAGGUGGCCUGUCUGUGUUUCUGUUCUGGGCUGGAGACCCUCUGCCCCCCUCCAGGAAUGCUACCAAGGUGAGCACAUCUGAGCCGGUUCUCCGCAGGCUUUUUCUCCUGCACCCAGCAUAUCCCACAAUCCUACAGCAGCUCAUCACCACCACAGACACAGCGCUGACAGCUACAGUGAGCUAUCAGAACGUGCAUAAGGACGCCUCCUAUGUGGUGGUUCUGUCCCGCCCCAUUUCUGGCCUGGGUCUGGGGGCUCAGGUGGUGAAGAGUUUGAGCGUGAGAGCAUCUCUGACAUCUGCGCUAACUGUACGUCUGGGACAGGACAGUAAAGCCAGUGGCCCACUUACACCCACCGCCUUCCAAAUCAACAAAUUAUUCAAACAGCUCUCCUUCAGACAGUGAGAGACUGUUAAAGCUCCUCCAUCACUAGCUAUGGAAACCUGCCACCAAGCAACAAGCAGACACCCAUAUGGAUCCCUUUGAACCCCUUUGCAGUUCAUGCAACUAUAGCUCUGCUUUUAAAUCCAUUUUAUCCUGCAGCAUGUUGUAAAAUUGUACUAAUCACUACCUAAGUGGCCAUUCCACUUUGUUGUUUUUUUUUUUUUUUUUUUUAAAGUGCGUAAGUGCGAUUGUAUUUAUUGGUAUUUAUUUCCUGGGUGCUGGUGAUGAAGUUUUGCUCCUUUAACUUGAAUGCAGAACUGACCGUAAAGACCACUAAUAAUGGUAUGUGAUCCACUGACUGUAAACAGUUUUUGCGAUUUUUAAAGAAAUAUGUAUAUAUGGGAUAAAUGUAAAAUGAGGGCAUUGAACACGUUCUGAACCUAAUGUAAAUAUAAUAUUUAAAUCAGUGUUUUUGGGAUGAGCCACUGCAGGCUAAAAACUCUAUUUUUACUUUAUUUGGUACCCUUUCAUCUGAAAUAGGAAUUGUUCCUUUUUUCCCAAAUUUCUGCAUAAAUCAAUCAUUGAAUAGUAAACAGCGUCAUUUAGAGUGGUUUAAUCUGAUUUUCUUACAGCGUUGGUGAUAGGAACCAGAGGCCUACAGUGCAAAUACAGCCAUUUUAUUUACCAUUCAGAAUGAGCGAUGAACUGACAUGUCCUCAUGUUUGUAAUGUUGAUAAUGGUCAGUGGUAAAUCUUUUAAAAAAAACUUUAUUCCUUGCCUGUGUCUUUCCACCAUGAAUGUUUUUAAAAAUGGUUUAGGUCAGUGUUAUUUCAGAACUAUCAUAAAACAAUAUCUAAGAUAUCAGAUAGCAUAUUUGUAACCAUUUUGUGUAACAGCUUUUUUUGUGACAGCUUUUAGAGGCACUAAACACUCCAGAUGUCUGAUUCCCACCACUGUGAGCUAUUAUGAGCACAACCAGAACAUAUCAAACUGAAUGAAUUUUAUUCUUUAUUGAAUUAUGCAGAAUCUGUAUUUUCUUGAGUAUUUUAUUUUUUCUUUAUUCACUCGAGCUGAUGUUCUUUUCUCUCUGUUAACUCCAUCUGAAUGUGAUAUGUAGAUAUGUGGCUCUAAUGCUGUACAGUAGACCUAUUUAUUGCACUCAUCAAAGCACUGGAAAGUAACUCUUCCUGAAUUUUUUGUGUGAGAAACUAAACAAGCUCUUGUAGAAUAGAGACUUUUGGUUCGUGUUCUGUUUGAAAUGGAUUUCUAAUUGCUGCAAUUUUUUGAAUUAGCUGAACAAUAAAAACCAUCGAGCUGCUAAAGUACAGA